AUGGCCGGACCCAACCUUGAGUGUAGGAUGUAUGAGGCGAGGUACCCGGAGGUGGACCAGGCGGUGAUGAUACAGGUGAAGAGCAUGGCCGACAGCGGCGCGUACGUCUCACUCCUCGAGUACAACAACAUCGAGGGCAUGAUCCUCUUUUCCGAGCUCUCCCGCCGCCGUAUCCGUAGCAUAAGCAGCCUCAUCAGGGUUGGCCGCAUCGAGCCAGUCAUGGUUCUCCGUGUCGAUAAAGAGAAGGGCUACAUUGAUCUGAGCAAGAGGCGUGUUUCCGAAGAGGAUAUUCAGGCGUGCGAGGAGAGAUUCAAUAAGAGCAAGCUUGUCCACUCAAUUAUGCGGCAUGUUGCUGAGACCAUGAGCCUUGACCUCGAGGAUCUUUAUAUCCAUGUUGGCUGGCCAUUGUACAGGAAAUACGGUCACGCAUUUGAGGCAUUCAAAUUGAUAGUCAAUGAUCCCGAUUCAGUGCUUGAUUCUCUCACUCGUGAAAUCAAAGAAGUCGGUCCUGAUGGACAGGAGGUGAAGAAGGUGGUUCCUGCUAUAACUGACGAAGUAAAAGAUGCUCUAGUAAAGAAUAUUAGGAGAAGAAUGACACCCCAACCUUUGAAGAUUCGUGCGGACAUUGAAAUGAAAUGUUUUCAGUUUGAUGGUGUCCUGCAUAUAAAGGAAGCAAUGCGUAAAGCUGAAUCUGCUGGCAACAAGGAUUGCCCUGUUAAAAUUAAGCUGGUUGCUCCUCCGGCUUAUGUGCUAAACACCCAAACUCUUGACAAGGAGCAAGGUAUUGCAAUCCUUAAUAAGGCAAUUGACUUAUGCACGAAAGAAAUUGAACAAAACAAAGGAAAACUUACUGUCAAGGAAGCACCAAGAGCGGUGAGCGAACGGGAGGAUAAAUUACUUGCCGAGCAGAUGGCCAAGCUUGGACGUGAAAAUGAAGAGGUCAGUGGUGAUGAGGACAGUGAAGAGGAAGAAGAUACUGGAAUGGGUGAAAUUGAUCUUGAAAAUUCUGGAACUGGCAUAACCGAGUGA